UCUUGCCCUAAAAUGCUAGGUGAUUGCCUUCACUCCAAUCUACUGAACACACUCUCUGCCCAUGUAGCCAGUGUGUGUAAGCUACCGAUUGGCAGCCAUCUGAAGGUCCCACAGGGUUUGUGAUAAUCUACAUUCCAUCACCAAGGUUGCAUAGCCCCUUCUAGAGCAACGUUCUGGAGCAGGCUUGAUAGAUGGGUUACCUGCUUUGCAGCAGAACUUCCCUUCAUCCUGGCAGUCCCCACUGUGAAUAUGUCACAGAACUGUACUCCCAGUGCAAUGAAUGUAUCACGAAUGUCAGCCAUGAAACUAACUUGACAGUUAGAUCCUGGGCCUGAAAAUCAUCAUAGAGACGUCCGCCUGCAACUCCAUUUUCGUCGAUAUCUUCGAAUGUACACUGUGAGACAUGGGUUAUCCUCUUCGAGAACUUUCGCUUUUUGCUAAAGGAAGGCCUAGGUAUCAUCGACACGACAAAUUUGGUGAUGCUAGUAUUAUUCUCACGUCUGUUGUCGACUGGCAGAUUUGACUUGAUAGACCCCAUGUUCGUUUGUGAAGAGAGAUGAAGGGCGAGAAAGGAGGAAAAGAAAAGGCUUUCCUCCUCUAGCAGGCAAUAUCAACUUUUGCUUGAUAUCAAAGCCCGCAAAUUCUUAUGUCGACAGAAAAGGCUGUGCCGAGGAAGAGGUUCUUGGCCUUUGCGGGAGUCGAGUCGGGGGAAGACAGUGAGAGCAUGAUGAUCAUGCUGUCAAUUACGGUACUAGCUAUUUAUACUUUAGGCUACCCGCAACAAUAUGAACUUCACCUUCGUCCCAUCUCCACUUCUGCAUCUCCACUUCUCCAUCUCCACUUCUCCAUCUCCAUCUCCAUCGUCAACGUUGACUGCGGUCUCGAACCGCUCCUGGCACCUUGAGUGCCUCUCUGCCCUUCUCUUCCACCAACCCCCCUUUUCACAUUCACCGAAGCCAUCUUGCCAACACCAUGGCGACGGCUACUACCCACUCCGCCAGUCCUACCAGCACGCAACGAGUCUCCCCUCAGGGGGGAAUCCUCGAAGGAGGUAAUCCAUCCCAAUAUGACCCCAAGAAUCCCAUUAUCAUCUUUAUCAUCCAGGCCGCUAUCAUCAUCAUCCUCUGCCAUCUCCUGCAUUGGCCUCUUUCCAAAAUCCGCCAACCGCGCGUGAUUGCAGAGGUUAUCGGAGGCAUCUUGUUGGGCCCCUCAGUAAUGGGUCGGAUUCCUGGCUUCACGGAUGCCAUUUUCCCUGCGGCAUCCAUCCCCAAUCUGACCCUCGUGGCUAAUCUGGGGCUGGUGCUUUUCUUGUUUCUGGUUGGUCUGGAGACCGACUUGCGGUUUCUCAUUAGCAACUGGCGUGUUGCCAUCAGCGUCUCUGCAGCGGGUAUGGCAGUCCCGUUUGGAUUGGGCUGUGCGAUUUCGUAUGGGUUGUAUCAUCAGUUCAGGGAUGAUCCACAGACAGUCCCCGUUGAUUUCGGGACGUAUUUGCUCUUUAUUGGUAUCGCUAUGGCCAUCACGGCGUUUCCUGUUCUCUGCCGUAUUCUGACCGAACUUAAACUUCUGGGCACCAACGUUGGUGUGAUCGUGCUGUCUGCCGGUGUGGGCAACGAUGUUGUAGGCUGGAUCCUACUUGCCCUUUGUGUCGCUCUAGUCAAUGCUGGUAGCGGUCUGACGGCCCUGUGGGUUUUGCUUGUCUGCAUUGGCUAUGUUCUGUUUCUGUCAAUUGUCUUCCGUCCGUUGUUUAUUCGCUUUCUCGAACGUACUGGUAGUUUGCAAAAGGGACCAAGCCAAAGUGUUGUGACAAUCACCCUCUUGUUUGCCCUGGCAUCCGCCUUUUUUACCCAGAUCAUUGGCAUACAUGCUAUUUUCGGAGGCUUUGUCAUCGGGUUGCUAUGUCCGCACCAGGGUGGCUUUGCCAUCAAGCUCACAGAAAAGAUCGAGGAUCUUGUCACUGCCCUGUUCUUGCCACUAUACUUUACCCUAUCUGGGUUGAGCACUAACCUUGGCUUGCUCGAUAACGGGACUGUCUGGGGAUAUGUCGUGGGAAUUAUUGCCGUCGCCUUCUUUGGUAAAGUGGCCGGCGGUGCGCUCGCAUCACGGUUUACCGGUCUUCUUUGGCGCGAGAGCUUCUCCAUUGGAGUGUUGAUGAGUUGCAAAGGCCUCGUCGAGCUGAUUGUACUGAACAUUGGUUUGCAAGCCAAGAUCCUGAGUACUCGGACCUUCACCAUGUUCGUGGUCAUGGCUCUCGUGACAACAUUCGCCACCACUCCGUUGACCACUCUCCUCUACCCAAAGUGGUACCAGACGAAGGUCGAACGCUGGAGGAAAGGUGAGAUCGACUGGAAUGGCAAGCCGCUACAAUCAGACACACGCAGAGAUAGCGUGGCCUUGGCCAAAGAUCAAUUGAGGUCGAUUCCCGUGCGGAAACUGCUUGUCUAUCUACGCCUGGACGGACUAUCUGGGAUCUGUACAUUGGCUGCUCUUCUUGGGUCAAGUCGUCUGGCGCAAGCAUCACCCCCAAGAAUCCAUCCGGCGAAAGUCGAUUCGAUCAAAUCCGCUAGCGAAGCCGUAGAGGAUCCAGCGACAGCAGCCGACUUCGAGGAGACGGCAUUACGGGUACACGGCGUCCGAUUGAUGGAGCUCACGGACCGAGACUCCAGUGUCAUGACGGUAUCCGAAAUAGAUGAAUGCACGCUGUGGGAUCCGGUAAUCAACACGUUCCAGGCAUUCGGCCAAUGGCAUGACAUCUCGAUCGUUGCAGGCGUGUCCGUCGUCCCCGAGUAUUCGUUCGCCGAUACCGUGGUAGGCAUGGCACGCGACGAAGUCCCAGAUCUCUUGCUGAUCCCGUGGAGCGAAACGGGAGCCAUGAGCGAUCGCCAAAGCGGCAUUGGGAUCGACGAAGCAUGUCGAUUUGCAAGCGGUCCAUUUACGCAGUUCACGUCUGAUCUUCUCAGCCGAGUCACGAGCAAUGUCGGGAUCUUCAUUGAGCGCAGCGUGUACACAAAGCAGUCUACAAGGAACCGCCCACAGGUCAAGCGAUCCACGAGCGCCAUGAGCAUUCGCAGCUCUAUCUGGGGCUCUCCGGCAGUAGCACGGUCGCACCACAUAGUUUUCCCAUUUUUUGGCGGAGAAGAUGACCGGUUCGCGCUCCGGUUUAUCCUACAAUUAGCACAGAACGACCAGGUCACAGCGACCAUCAUCCACAUGGACGCUACCUCAUGUAACUCGACGGCCGUGAAAUCCCCCGUGUCAGCCAUCCUGCAUCCUAUUUCAAGCAAGUCAGAGGCGGAUGCAUCGAUCGGAGACCGCGAACCGCAACCGCAGAUACAAUCUGACCACGCUUUCCUGGCAACCAUUCGCGACUCUCUACCCAAAGACCUGGAAGACAGGGUCAUUUUUAACCGCGUAAGCCUUGCAGACGCGAUGGCGGACACCGUCCCUCUAACCAUCGUCAAAGUAAAAGAGGAGAUGGACCGCACGUCACACAAGGCUGGAAACAUGGUCAUCGUCGGACGGCGAAACGACAAGAUUGAUCCUCAACCACGGUACACCGAGCUGGCUCUGGGUUCGAACCCACCGAACGAGACAGGUGCGGAGACAAGGAAGGUUCUUGGAGCGGUUGCGGAGGCGAUAGUCCGAGAGGAUCGGGUUAUUGGGAAUGUUCUUGUCCUGCAGGCAAGGACAACCUAGGAUAUGUAGUACGAAUUUACGGCUCACGACAUGUUGGAUAUGAUAUUAUUCCCCUUGACAGCGCAAUAGCACACUGAGAUUGAGACUGAGAUUGAGAUUGAGGGACCAUGGCUCUUCCAAGG